UCAAUUCACAACAUCUCCCACAGACCCUUAUCUUAAAAUCAUAAAACAAAGCUCACUACAUACCUGAAACUUCCACAUCUCAGAAGAAGCCAUGGCUGCAACGGCUGCAACUUCUGGUGCUCUGCUUAAUGGGUUAGGCUCACCCUUCCUCCAUGGAGGUAGCAGAACCCAAACCUUGCUGGCCGGUGCCAGAGGCGGUGUCAAUGUUGUCAGCUCUCGCAAGCUUGUCAUCGUCGCUGCUGCUCAGCCCAAGAAGUCUUGGAUCCCCGCUGUUAAGGGCGGCGGCAACUUCAUCGACCCGGAAUGGCUCGAUGGCUCACUACCAGGCGACUACGGCUUCGACCCACUGGGGUUGGGGAAGGAUCCAGCAUUUCUGAAAUGGUACAGAGAAGCAGAGCUAAUCCACGGGCGGUGGGCAAUGGCAGCAGUGGUCGGAAUCUUCAUCGGCCAGGCCUGGAGCGGGAUCCCAUGGUUCGAAGCCGGAGCCGAUCCGUCCGCAAUCGCUCCAUUCUCCUUCGGAUCACUGCUCGGAACACAGCUUCUACUAAUGGGAUGGGUCGAGAGCAAACGAUGGGUAGAUUUCUUCAACCCGGAGUCUCAAUCCGUGGAAUGGGCAACGCCAUGGUCGAGGACCGCAGAGAACUUCGCAAACGCAACGGGAGAACAGGGGUACCCAGGAGGGAAAUUCUUCGAUCCAUUGGGAUUUGCAGGAACUCUCAAGGAUGGAGUUUAUAUUCCAGACACGGAGAAAUUGGAGAGAUUGAAGCUGGCGGAGAUCAAGCAUGCUAGAAUCGCCAUGUUAGCUAUGCUCAUCUUCUACUUCGAAGCUGGACAGGGGAAGACGCCAUUGGGGGCUCUUGGAUUGUAGAAAAUAAUUCGUUGAUGUGAAGGAAAAAUUGUUCAUAUUUUCACUAAAAACACUUUGGGAUUGAACAUGUUUUGAUGAAUUUGAGAUAGAUUUUGAAGGGGUUUUUGAAUUAA